CUAUUUUCUAUUUUCUGCGCUUGACAAGCUUUUCCCCCUUUUCCAUUGAGAUUUGGCUGCAAUUUGGAAAUCGUUGAUCCGCUUCUCGUUCAACUCUCGAGCUGCCAUGGGGAGCGACACCGAACCAACGCCAAUGGUAUUCGAGGAGAGCGAGCCUGCCGUCGAGGAGAACGAGCAAGACAGACCGCAGGAGCCAGCGUCCGACUUUGGUUUUGACAACGAUCGCGACACGUACGACGAUGACGGCGGCGACGACGGCGACGACGACGAAAAAGAACAAGAAGCAGACGAGGACCAGGAGGAGGAGGCAGAGGACGAUGGUGAAAUCACUCCACCAGAGGAGGCUGGAGGACAAGAGGGCGAAGGCGCAGCCUUUUCGGAGGAAUCUGUCGCCGUUGCGGUCGCAGCCGCCGUGGCCGAGGCAGAGCAACAUGUUGUCGAGAACGAUGAAGAGCUGCAGCGCGUGAUCGCGGCCACCACGGCUGCGGCGAUCGAGCAGGAAGCGACGCCGGCCGAGGAGAAGGCCACACACGCACAGCGCAAGCAAUCGCACUACCUCUCCUUUCUGCAACCAAGUCAUGCACACGGCUCGUCGACUCAACAAAAGCCAGUGGCCGCUCAGGCUGCAGGAGCAUCACAGAAGGCCUCGGCCUCAGAUAAAUCGGGCACGUCGAAAGCCUCCAAAAACGAGCGCUCCACAGACGACGACGCCGACACAAUCCCAGGCAAGGCCUUCCACACGCGUAGCAGUACAGUGUUCUCAACCCCUCUCAUGUCAAAAGCAAUCUCCAUGAUUGCCGCGGACGCCGUUGCUGCCGCGAGCGCGCUUGGCGGCAAGGAGCCCGCGCGUAUUCGGUUGGGCGACACUUGGCAAAUGAGUGCCGAAACGGUCGCACGCAUCAAAACUCAAAGCCAAGCCAAGUACACCAAAACCUGCGUGGAUCAAUCAACCAUGCUCUGGAAAGUGCUCGAUUCGAUGCCAGACGAGGAAGAUCCAGCUCGUUUGAUGGUCGUGAACGAGCCGUCUGUGCUUGACAAUCUCCGCCACUUGUGUCGAAGCUCUGCCAUUCCAAAUGGACCGGUUCAUGAAGAGCACAUGCUGCACUUGUUCCGACACCACGAGUACGACAUGCUGUUGACGUUGCAAAGCCUCAUCACCGAGAGGCGCGAUGCCGAUUGCACCAUGUGCGGCACACCGGCACAUCCCGUCUCUUGGAGUGCGGCCGAGAAGCAGCUGUUUGAAUCCGAGCUGGCGCUUCAUGGCAAGACAUUCUCCAAGUUUAAUUUGUUGCGCCAUUCGAAAACACUUGGCCAAAUCGUCGAGCACUACUAUAGCUGGAAGAAGCUCAACCGCGCUCGGUAUCGCGAGUGCAUGAAUCAGUUCCGACGACUGCAAGCGAGCUCCCGCGUGUCCGAAGCUCGAGAAAAAGCCCACGCCCAAGCAGCUGCAGCAGCCGUGCUCGCCGGCAUUGCUGCGCAUUCUGCCUCUCGCUCGGAGCCUCCCACCCCUCGGCGAGAGUGCACCAACUGCCGUCGCUCGAAAACGUGCCAAUGGCGGCAUGGCUUUGGCGGCGAUAUUCUCUGCAACACUUGCGGAAUUUACUUUAUCAAGCACGCCAAGUACAAGAGCUACACUGACGAGGAAAUUAUGCGAAAUAUCGCCGCGGGCAUUGCUGCCGACGGCGACGUUCGUGUUGCACCGACGUCCAUGCGGACACUCCAGCUGACACGGGUGGUGCCGCAAACGCGACUGGACGGGAGCCUACCGCUCAAGCAGGAGGAACGAGAGUCGGCUGAUGCCACUCCAAAGGCGGAGGCGGAGGCCGUUGUCAAGCCCGAGGAGGCGGUGAAAUCCGAGCCAGCCGAGCCAACAACUACAGCAGCAACAUCAACAACCUCAGUCACGGUCAAAUCAGAGCAGACCCAAGAGGCCACAGCAACGCCUGUUCCUGCACCUGCUCCUGCGCCUGCUGCCGACGCCGCGAGCACCGAGUCCCAGCAGCCGCCUUUCAAGUGCUUUGCAUGUCACCGACGAUUCGAAGGCUACCAGGGUUUGAAUGGCCACAUGCGCGUGCACGACAACCACCAGGCCUUGCUCAUCACUCACGCCCAGGCAUACCGAGGAAUGGCUGGCGUGCCUCCUCAAGUUGGUGAUCCAGUCGUCCUCACCAACGCCUACAAUGCUGGCGAAAUGGCUCCAAUUGAUCCGACCAAGACCUACUCAGGACGGCCGCAACUCCCGCACCAGCCGCACAUGCCCCCUGUAGUUGUACCUCGCUUCACCGGCGCGACUGCCGACGCAGCGUCAGCCGCCGGACCUGAAAUCGAACGUCCGAUUGUGCCUGCUGGACCUGCCCUGCAUGCGGCGCGCAAGCAAGAGGAGCCAUUGCGGGCGCUCGACUCGUUCGAUCCUGCUUGGUCCAAGCAUUUGAGUCGACUGGAGGCAUUGCGGAUGGGCAAACCCCCACCGGAACCUUCCGAGGCGGUGGUCGAGGUUGACGUCGAGACGGUAGAGCAGGGUGCGAGUGCUCCCACCUCGCAACAACCAAGCGCCAACACCAGCGAGCCCUCCACAGGGGCGCCCAGCUCUCCGAUUUCUACUAGCACGGCAAUGGAGAUUGACGCGAAAAAGGAGGCCCCACCACCAGCUCGCGUCUUCCCACAGUGCGCGCAGUGCCUGUGCGAAGUCAGCGCAUGCUGGCGACUCGGUCCGGAUGGCAAGACCAUCUGCGACGAUUGCGGCUUGGCGUUCUACCAGUGGGACGCGCCGACCUGCCCAACUUUGCCAGGCGCUCGUAGCAGCAGCAGCAGCAGCAGCAGCAGCAGCAGCAGCUCUUCUGCGAUGACGGUGGACAGGGCAGCCUCUCCUGCUCAGAAUGCAGAGUCGUCGUCGUCGUCGCCCAAGCAACCAGCCGCCAAACACGUUGCCAAACGCUCACGCUACACACCAAAGUUCGAUCCGAGCUCUGGCAACUACUCGGAUGAAAUGCAGAGCCGCGAUCUGCUGCAGUCGCUCUUUGGCCUCGACACGAUCGUGACGGAUCUCGCCCGCCCGCGCUGGCCCGGUGACAAUGGCGGCGUUGGCUUGCUGCGUCUAUCGCAGUACUCUGAGCCGUUUGUUCUCGGCGAUGCUCCCGUUCCCGAGCCGCGCCAAGGUUCCAGGCGCGAGGGUGUUUCGUCGCUCGUCAUGGACUACAUUGCGCGCGAGUGAGCCGCCCCCUCCCAAAACAUAUCAAACUGUUACACAAUAUAGG